UAAAUACGUAUUUGUUUAAUCAUUAUUAUACCAGAAUUAAACGUUUUUGUGCAUAUUAUUGUUUGAUUGGAAUUUCGAACACAGAAUAGAAAAAUGUUUUAUAUAUACCGUGAUAAUUACAAGAUAAUUCAAGAACUUUUAUGCAAAUAUGAAUACAUGGUCUCGAACGAGCAUCCAAACUCCGUGCGAAAGGAACAGGAAUAGAAUUGUUUAGAUGGGUAAUCGGUGACGUAACCGGCGCGCUCUAUUAUUUAAUUCUCGCCCGUGACACGGUGGCAAGGUGUUACGAGGUUACAAGUACCCCGAUCCCCACGUUGUUCGAGGUGGAUGCUCGAUGUUGGGCUCGAUGCGAGGACCGGGUGAGGACUGGGUAACGAACGAGCAGGCCGAUACCGUACGGCGGCGGUGGAGACCAGACACGUAGCACUACACGGAGCGGCGGUGGUCGAGGCUGGAUGGACGGACGGUGUUCGCUGAAUAAGGAUGGGACGAGGGAGGAGUUGUAGCCGGAUCACACGGAUACGUACGGAAGGAAAGAGGAGAGAAGGUGGGUGAGGUGGUGGCUCCCUGGUGCGCAGCCUGAGCUGCGGUCGGAACUUCUCGUAACCCCCCUCCCCCCGGCACACGGAUACUCGCGAGCGGUACUUAGGCCUGUGGCGGGGCGUAGGUGCAGGUAGCGGGCGAGUAGUGGUGCGGCCGCCUCACCACGGGAUCGCGAGAGCGCAGGAUGCCUGAGUGUGGGUCGAGCGAAGCCGAGGCUGGCCGAGGACAACCGAGUGCGCACGAACCACGAAUCACCGCGGGAACCUGUCGCGCGCCACGAAAGUCGAACAGUCUCUCACUGGCGCCCGGCGCGGCGAGUGCCUUGAGAGACAGGAUUUCGUGCGAGGAAUAGGCGCAGAUCUGGUGUGUUGGAUAAGGAUUGAACAUCGAAAGGAACAUCGUAUUGAGAGAGAGAAAGAGAGAGAAAGAGAGAGAGAGGAAGAAAGAGAGAAAGGAAGUCGAUCCUUGCGUGGAGGGCCCGAGUGGACGGUGGUAGAGUUUCCAUCCGCGAGCAUCUACCCCCUUUUUCGAGACCCCCGAUGACCGCGGCACGCGAGGAACGGAAUCGACUCUGGAUCAGGAUGAGCCCCUGUCUGUUCGCCGAUUCACCACGCCACGUGGCUCCGGCUCUUCCGUUUCUUUGGAUCCUCGUCAUCCUGCUGAACGGUUGCGACGCCUCGUACGAGAUGCAGGGGCCAAGCUUCGUGUCGGAGCCACCGUCGCGGGUGGAAUUCACGAACGUGAACGGGGGCCGAGUGGACUGCAUAGUGAGGGGAAAUCCGGCACCCACCGUCGACUGGCUGGCGGCGGACGGUGGCAGUAUAACGAGUAUCCCUGGGAUCAGACACGUCCUUGGCAACGGGACCAUCCACUUUCCCGGCUUCGAGGCCGAGGUCUUCCGACAGGACGUCCACUGGGCUAUUUAUAAGUGUUCCGCCGUCAACAGCGUCGGUGGCAUCGUUAGCAGAGACGUCACUGUCAGAGCAGUGGUGAAUCAGCGUUACGAUCCGGAAGUGCAAUGUCCCGGCGGUUUCCUCGGCAACAACGUGCUUAUGCGAUGCAACGUGCCCAGUUUCGUUCGCGAUCACGUCACCAUCACGUCUUGGCUUCAGGAGCCGUCUUUCAACAUCUACCCCUCCACGAUGGGAGAUGGGAAGUACCACAUGCUCUCGAGCGGGGAGCUCAUGAUAUUGAACAUCACGCGAGAGGACGCGGAAAGGACUUAUCGGUGCAGGACGCAUCACCGUUUGACGCAGGAAACGGUCGUCAGCAGCAACGUCGGCAGACUUCAAUUGACCGAGAUACGCAGCACCAUGCCGCCGAUGAUAAACGAGAAGGUGGUUUAUAUGUCCGCGCGGCUGAAAGACACCGUCGUGAUACCGUGCGUCGCGUACGGGAAUCCAACCCCCACGAACAGGUGGUACUACAAUAGGAACCAGAGGGAGGAGCCGGUCGAGGAUUCGUCCGGGCAUUACGUGGUGCGAGACGGUUCGUUGAUCAUACAAGGCGUCCAGGAGAGCGACGGUGGAUCGUACAUGUGCACCGCUAGUAAUUCCGAGGGCAGCGAGUCUAUGGAAGUGAGGUUAACGGUGUCUGCGCCAUUAAACGUGCACGUCCAACCAUCGAUCCAGACCGUUGAUCUCGGGAAAGCCGCUCAUUUGACGUGCAGCGCAAGUGGAUUUCCGCAGGCGGCGUUGUACUGGCUGAAGGACGGCCAGCCAUUGAGAACGGGCGCUCGCAUAAGGGCGGUUUCCAGGGAACGUAUUUCCGUGAUGUCGGUCGCAAGAGAGGAUCGCGGCAUGUACCAGUGCUUUGUGAGGAACGAGUAUGAAAUGGCUCAAGGAAUCGCGGAAUUGCGGCUGGGCGAGAUCGCGCCGCAACUGGUCUACAGGUUUAUCGAACAGACAAUGCAAACCGGUCCAUCGGUUUCUCUGAAAUGCAGCGCCGCGGGUAAUCCGACGCCGCAAAUUUCCUGGCUGCUGGAUGGAUUUCCGCUUCCGCAAAACGACAGACUCCUGAUUGGCCAGUACGUGACCGUGUACGGGGACGUAAUAUCGCACGUGAACAUCUCGUCGGUGAAGUCCGAAGACGGGGGCGAGUACGAGUGCAUCGCGAGCAGCCGCGCUGGCGAGGCGAGCCACUCGGCGAGGCUCAAUAUUUACGGUUUGCCAUAUGUCAGGCCCAUGUCGACGGUUUCGGCGGUCGCUGGGAAACAGUUUCACAUCAAAUGCCCGGUCGCCGGUUAUCCCAUCGAAUCGAUCGUUUGGGAGAAAGAUGGAGUAAGGUUGCCCACAAACAUGAGACAGAGGGUUGCGAACGGCAGCCUGUUCAUCGAUACGGUGCAACGAGCCGCCGAUCAGGGCACGUACACGUGCACCGCUAGGAACAAGCAUAAUUUCACGUCUCAACGAUCGGUAGAAGUGCGCGUUCUAGUGCCGCCGCGCUGGACGGUCGAACCUAUCGACCAGAACGCCGUUGUAGGUCACGGCGUCUCCAUUGCCUGUCAGGCUGAAGGAUUCCCCAUUCCGACGGUGACUUGGAAGCAAUCGAUCGGGAUGGACACGCCAGGCGACUAUAGGGAGCUGGGAUUCAGCGGGACCGAGGGUGCGGGGGUUGCGGGGAAUGGAUCCUUGGUGAUCUCACGGGUAUCCAGAGAUCACGCCGGUUUCUAUCUGUGCCAGGCGAGCAACGGGAUCGGACCUGGCCUCAGCAAGCUCAUUCGGCUAACAGUUCACGCGGGCCCUCAAGUGUCGGUGAAAACUCAGCAGGAGUCGGUGAGGCGAGGAGAGAGCGUGACGUUACGGUGCGAGGCCGAAGGAGACGCUCCCCUUGAUCUGAGUUGGCGUGCGCGUGACAGCAGAGUCGAUCCCAACUACGAUGUUAGGUACACGAUAGACAACCAGAAGGUGUCCGGGCGGGUGAUCUCGGAGCUGCGCAUCACCCAGGCGAACCACAUUGACCGUGGGGACUACACGUGCGUGGCUACGAACGCUUACGGCCACGCGAGGGCUGGUAUCAAGCUGUUGGUGCAGGAGCCACCGAAUUUCCCCCGGAAUUUGCACGUAGCCGAGCAAGGGAGCAGAUCGCUGCUGUUGGCCUGGUCGUCGCCGUCCAGCGAGCAGGAUCCGGCGCACGCCAGCUCCCCUAUAACCAAAUACAUCGUGCAGUACAAGGAGGCGCAGGACGUGUGGCAUGAGCACAACACGCAGAAGAUGGUGGCAGGGGACAACACGGUCGCGCUGGUAUCGCCCCUAAAACCGGCGACCUCCUACCACUUUCGGGUGCUAGCGGAAAAUCAUCUUGGAACAUCAGCGCCAAGCGACAUCCUUCAUGCCCAGACCGACGGCGAGAUUCCCGGUGGAUCGCCCAGACACGUUAUCGCUGAACCCUUAGGACCGCAGCAAGUGAAGGUCACCUGGCAACCACCCGAUCGAUCCCUGUGGAAUGGCGAACUUCUCGGAUACACCAUCAGCUACGCCAAUCUAGGCGGGAAUGAUCAAUCGGUGAACAUCACCAGAGUGGGAAUCACGGAAAACGGCGAUGGCUCCUACAGGCUAACCGGACUUCGAAAGUACACCCAAUAUAGCAUCGUGGUGAAGGCGUUCAAUAAUAAAGGAGACGGCCCAGGAUCUGACCCGGUCACGGUGCAGACUCUCGAAGACGUUCCAAGCGCCUCGCCGCAGAACGUGGCGUGCGCCGCUCUGACCGGGCAGAACAUCCAGGUGACCUGGAAGCCGCCGCCUUCCGACAAAGUUCACGGGGUCGUGCAGGGGUACAAGUUGCUGUACGAGGCGGGCAGCGCUGUUCUGGAGCAGCAGGCGGGCAGAGAGACGAAGAUCAGCCAUGCAUUGAGCACGGUUCUGCACGGACUUAGCCCGUACACCAAUUACACGGUGCAGGUGCUCGCCUACACCAGAGCCGGGGAGGGUGUCACGAGCAGCCCUGUAUCCUGCACCACCGAAGAAACUGUUCCGGACGCGCCCGAGCGCGUGAAGGCCGUGACCAGUAACGAGGACGCGGUGGUGAUAUCUUGGCUGCCACCGCGGCGACCGAACGGCAUUCUCACCAAGUACACCGUCCAUAUCCGGGUGUUGGACCAGGGCCAGGAGGUGAAGACCAUUAAGAGUUCGUUGCCUGCGCAGAACCUGCACCACGAGGCGACCGGGCUGAAGCAGCGCGAGUCCUACGAGGCCUGGGUUACGGCCUCCACCAAAAUAGGGCAAGGACCUAGAACUCCGGUCAUCAAACUUCAACUGAGCAAUACCGUUCCAGCAGCUAUAAUAUCGUUCGGAGUGCCGCUCGUAGUGCCUUGGAGGGUGGACGUCAAUAUGGCCUGUCUCGCCGUCGGUAUUCCACGUCCCACGGUGGAAUGGCGUCGAGGCGACGUCAAGUUGCAGCAGAAGUCGGACAUAGGGGCGGACAACGCGUUGACGUUGAGGAACGUGCAGAGAACUCACGAGGGCAACUAUUCCUGCCACGUGAAGAAUUCCCUCGGUUCCGAUGAAAUCGUGUACACGCUGCAAGUACAAGUGCCUCCAACACCGCCGACUCUGCUCGCCACCGGCACCACAACCGACGCUGUCCAACUGCAAUGGAAACAGGGCGACAAUGGUGGCGCCCCCAUCAAGGGAUUCCUGUUGGCCUAUCGUCGCGAGUUCUCCGAGUGGGAGGAAGUGAUGAUCGAUAGGAAGGCGAACACGCAUCUUCUGGAAGGAUUGCAGUGCGGGACCAGGUACCAGUUCACGUUGGCGGCGUUCAACAGGAUCGGUAGCGGAAGCGCGAGCAAGAUCGAGUCGGCGAAGACGAAUGGGACGAAACCGAUUCCACCCAUCAAGCAUCAGUUGAUCAAAGCGAAUCAAACGUUCGUUACGUUGGAGUUGAACUCGUGGCAAGACGGGGGCUGCCCUUUGCUCUAUUUUGUGGUCGAAUACAGGAGGUUAUCCGGUGAUUGGUUGCUCUUUUCGAAUAACGUGCAACCACAAUCGAGAUUCUCCAUAGUGAAUUUGGAUAGCGGCACCAAAUACGAGCUCCGUGUCACUGCGUACAAUAACGCGGGCUCGACGCAGGCCGAAUACCUGUUCACCACGUUGUCGCCGACCGGCAGUAAUCGAAUACACGACGAGCACCUGCCCGAAACCGAGGAGACCUCGCUUCUUUUCGACGCCCACGUGCUCGCGCCUAGCGUCAUCUCGCUUCUAGCCGUGUUCCUCACGGUGGCUGGCGUCUGCUUUUGCUUGAAAACACACGCGGAACGGUCGGGAAGAGCGAAUGAUCCGAACUCGCAAACCCAGGCGGCGCUGGAGAACAAGCACAACAUGGAGCAGAGGGAACAGUACUACGCGACCGUGAGGAAGCCGGGGCAGCAGUCGCCCUGUCGCGAGGUGAGCGCCCUGGAAAGAAUACCCGAAUAUUCCGAAGACAUUUAUCCGUACGCCACCUUCAAUCUGCCCGAGCAGGAAAACCUGUCGGCGAACCCGAUGCGACAGGCGUUCUACUACGAACGCAGCGAAACCAUGCUGCAAGGCAAUCAGUGCGACAUGGAGCAGUACACGAAGGUGCGAGGAAGGGCGAGGCGGAAGUCGAAGUCGUUCAAAUCGGAAUCGGAGGAGUACGACACCCUGGGCUCGGACAGCGACACGGAGGUCGGUACCAGCAGUCGGACCGAGUCCUCGAACCAUCUGGACGACUCAGGGCCGGCGUCGAUAAUGACGCGUUCCCCGGGGCCGAAUUCGAUCGGGCAGAGGGAGCAGCGACUAGCCCUGGUCCCGAGGCCGGUUCAUCAUAAUGUGCUGUACCACACGCACGAAUCAAGUACAUCAACCGAGCCGUCACCAAUUUCUGAGAGGAAGACUUUCCCGAGGCUCGAGAAGCAAAGGAAUCAAGGAGCAACGGCCGACAUAGGGAUGGACGGUCGAGUGCCGGGGAUACUGCGCCCCGUGAUGAAGCUCUCGGAAUCCGGGAUGCAUUCGUAUUCGAGGGGAGCGUCGCCGAGUCAGCCUGGGAGGCCUGGGUCCUGCGAUCGGCUGGGCAAAGAUCCGAGCCCGAGGAAGUCGGUAGAGUCGUUGUGCCUGCUGGAGGAACCCGGAUCGUCCAGAAUGGCAAGGAGGGAAGAGGACUGGGGCAGCGAGCUGUCUACGUUGGAACUGAAACCGCCGACAGGUUUCACGGACGCGCACGAGACCAGCGAGGCCGAGUGCGAUAUCGACAUGAAGCUGAAGCUCCACAGGAAGAGGACGGGUUUUCCUUCUAACUCGCUCUCCAAAUCACCUAAAGACUUCACUAUCACUGUCUAAGUGUGUUGAUCAAAUAUUCGAAGAAAAAAAUAAAAAAUAAAAAAAUGAAACGAAACGAAACGAAAUGAAACGAAAUGAAAAAACGAAACGCUAAAACGAAACGAGUAAAGAAAAAAAAAAAAAAAAAGAUAUAUCGCAUAAGGAACACAGAUACACGCACGUACAUACAGACACACAGACACGUAAAAUAAUAAAGAUGCCAAAGCAUGAUGAGUGUUAAUUCAAAAAAGCAAAAAUGUAAAAAAAAAAAAAAAAUGAAACGCAAAAUGAAAAUUUCCUCGCCGAUGAGAUUGUCGGGAUCCCCCAACGCUUCUCUGUGGAUGGAUGACUGUCUUUCCGUGUAACUACCGUCGACGAUCCAUUUACAAUAAAGAGGUAUUUUUGUAAGAAAAACCGGAAAAGAAGCUAA